GGCGACUUUGUGUUUAAUUGUUUUUACGGUCUCAUGAUGGGAAAGUACCGCACUUUGGAGUUGAUCAUAUAAGGAAGGUUUUGAUAAAUGAUCGUCAAAGUACACUUGUGAACCAACAAGAAUUGGUGUUUUUCGCUCUGGAACCAAUUUAGUAAUAAUGUCUGAUUUUAGAAUUUUCCCAGUUUUAGUAUUAGUAAUAGUUACUAAUAUGUAUACUGUUAAUAGCUAUCCGAAAUCUCUUGGUGAAGAAUCAUAUGUAUUAUAUUCGAGAGAAGACUGGGGUGCCGUUCCGCCUACUGACGUGGAACCAAUAAAAACACCAGUACCUUAUGUGAUCAUACACCACACGUAUAUACCGGAGGCCUGCAACACAACAAGACAGUGCAUGGCUUCAAUGCGAUCUAUGCAAAACUAUCAUAAUUCAUUAGAUUGGGGUGAUAUUGGUUAUAAUUUUUGCGUGGGUAGCGAAGGCGGAGUUUAUGAAGGAAGAGGCUGGCACACGAUAGGCAUACACGCGGGGCCUGCAAAUAGCUUUAGCAUAGGAAUCUGUCUCAUUGGUGAUUGGAGAGUGGAACAACCACCAGAAGAAAUGUUAAAGGCGACAAAAGCUUUAAUCAACACUGGUGUACUCAACGGUGUCCUCAGCCCCGAUUACAAGUUAAAGGGGCAUAGUCAAAUUAUGUCCACGGAAUGCCCCGGGACAGCAUUACAAACUAUCAUAUCGAAAUGGGAUCACUUCUCGGAAGAAACUAAGUUUAUUAAACCACAGAUUUAAGA